CCAAUCAAACGUGCCGAUCCUGCACAGGCUUCACAACAAACUGAGGGAUACAUGCAGUGUUUUUUUUUUUUUAACCUAUUUUCAUUUCAAUUUGAGCAGCGUGACGGAGAAGGUACGUGUAACUUGGGUCCAGAGCAGGGGCAGGGGUCUGCAUGUGUCAACACUGCGUUACAACCAUAUAAGGAUGUGAAUUAAGUAUUUUUAGUAUCGAUGUUCACCGAUAACUUGCAAAUGAAAGCUAGCAUAGCGUGACAAGCACUGAGUGAUGGUGACACAUGCAUGCUUCAAAUCCUCCAUAAUCCCCAUCUGUCUUUGUUUGGAGCCAGCGUGGGUGUGUGUGACAUUGCAACUACUGGCUCGUUGUAGGCGAAGACUACUGCUUUGGAGGUUUAUCUAUGACACCAUUCAACUACAGCAUGUGUGUCAUGGGUCUCUGUGCACACUGUGUGGAUGUGUGUAGCCACAGUGGUGCAGCAAUCCUGCUGUUAGAUCAUAAAGUCUAAACAUGGUGAGGCUGGAGCUGGACAAGGUGGUGAUGCGGAGGAUGAAGGAGGACGACAUAGAGAUGGUCAAAGCCCUCAUCAAGGAGGGCUGCGAGGGCACAGAAAACCGUCUCAUCCUCCACGUCCUCACUCGUCCUCUCUGCCUCUUCAUCCUGGCUGUUAUCUCCUCAGUCCUGCGCUGCCUUGUCCAUUCCUUUAUCCUGGCUCUUGCUAUUCCUGUCUUCCUGCUAAUUAUCUUUCUCAAGAUCACCAUGCCGCGGUCCACAGGGGUUCUGGGCAGCAGCCGCCCCUACUGGGACUAUGUGGGUAGCAGCUACAGAGGGACACAGGACGAAACACUGCCAAAUCCCUUCUCUAGGAUCAGUGGCAAGACACCAGGGACUAAAAAGCCAAGGCGCAAAAUCACACCCAAAGACAAGGACAAAGAGUUGCCGACAGAGAAUGUCUCCCCAGAGAGGGAGCAGGAAGCAGGGCUAGUCUGGGUGGCAGACUGCGAUGGUGAGAUCCUGGGCUGUAUCUUCAGAGAGAGCGAGAAGCGUGCGGACAUCAGGAGGAUCUGCAGGGUGGUGGCGGGGUCCUGGUACCGCAGAGAGGGCCUGGGCCGGCUGCUUGUCCACAGUCUGGAGCAGAGAGAGAUGGAGGCUGGAGCCCUCCGGGUGUACACACACGUCCCCUUCCCCUCCAAGCUGGGUGAGGCCUUCUUCAGGAAGCUGGGCUACCGACAAAUUGGGGAGGGGACUGAUGAUGAAGAAGAUUUUGAGAAGAAUAAGCUUGAGACUCCAGAGAGAGGCUUUCUGGGACACCCCCUCACUAAAGUGUUUUACAAAGACCUGUAGUUUAAUGGUGAUGGUCUCACGGAGGGACGAAAAUGGCCCUAACGUAAGGGCACUAUGGAUCUCUGCGGAAGGUAUCAGUGUUUUGUCUAAGUGCUUUUGUGUGAUUUCAUAAUUUAUUAUAUAUACGUGUUAUUUAUCCCAAUAUUUAUUUCCGGAUUAGCUAGUGUUAAGUACAUUUUUUACCUUUUCGUCAUAUAAAGAACCAUCCCUCUUAAACCCGCUCCAAAAAACAUAAUUGAGCCAGAGUCAUGCUGUUUUCUCAUUAUUUUUAAUAAAAUGAAAAACAUA